CUUUUCAUUUCUAAGCAAAAAAAAGCAAAUCUUUUUUUUUUGCGCCUCGGUUCUUCCCUCCUCUGUCACUACUGAGUGACUACCGUUCCUGUUGGUGCGCCAUGGACAUUGUUCUGACACACUUGAGCAUGGAAGUGAGGCAGCUCAAGCACUGAGCCGCAGCCAUGACCCUGCAUGGACUGGCCGGCGCCACCGUGAGCGCCGUGACGACAGGUGUGCGGUACCUGGGCUCCAACGACGCCGUCUACGACGACCCCCUCAUGGACUCCAUGAAAAACGGAUUCCACUUGGAGAAACCGCACCACGCAUCCAUCGGCGGCUCCUUCGCUGAACUCAAGGAGGUCAUCGCCGUCAGCCUUGCUCCGAUUCUCCCCACCAAUGUUUCCGAUCUUCUCGGGAAUGAGACGAUGGUGGAGGGCGGGGGCAGAGCCAAGUGCGGGGAGGACUUUGUGGACAACAUGGAGUGCUUCAUGAUCCUGACCCCGGGUCAGCAGCUCGCUGUGGCCAUCCUGGCCCUGACCUUGGGAGCGUUCACGGUGCUGGAGAACCUGGUGGUGCUCUGCGUGAUUCUGCACUCCAGGACGCUGCGAUCUCGACCCUCCUACCACUUCAUCGGGAGCCUGGCUGUGGCCGACCUGAUCGGCAGCAUCAUAUUCGUCUACAGCUUCCUGGAUUUCCACGUGCUCCACAGAAAGGACACCCACUACGUGUUCCUCUUCAAGUUGUCCGGCGUGAUCGCCUCCUUCACCGCCUCUGUGGGAAGCCUGUUCCUCACAGCUAUUGACCGCUACAUCUCCAUCCACAGGCCGCUGGCCUACAAGCGCAUCGUGACAAAGACCAAAGCGAUUAUCGCCUUCAGUCUGAUGUGGACCAUCUCCAUUAUCAUAUCGAUGCUGCCUCUGCUCGGCUGGAACUGCAAAGACCUCAACUCCGCCUGCUCUGAUAUAUUCCCUCUGAUUGACCUGAAAUAUCUGAUGUUUUGGAUCGGUAUCACCAGCAUCUUGCUCCUCUUCAUCAUCUACGCUUACAUUUUCAUCCUGUGGAAGUCGCACCACCACGCCGUGCGCAUGCUGAGCCGCAGCUCCCAGAGGAGCGUCAUCGUCUACACAGCAGAAGGGACCAAGGUUCAGACAGUGAGGCCAGAGCAAGCGCGUAUGGACCUCCGUCUGGCCAAGACGCUGGUCCUGAUCCUGGUAGCCCUCAUCAUCUGCUGGGGUCCCCUCAUGGCCAUCAUGGUGUAUGACCUCUUCGGCAAGGUGAACGACUUCAUCAAGACUGUGUUUGCCUUCUGCAGCAUGCUCUGUCUGCUCAACUCCACCGCCAACCCGGUGAUCUACGCCAUGAGGAGCAAAGACCUGCGCCGGGCCUUCCUCAGCAUCUGCCAGGGAAUGACCACACCUUUGGACAACAGCGGGGAGAGUGACUGGAAUAGCAGGAGCGUGAGAUCCACCGGAGUUGGGGCUGGCAAAGAGGCAGCCAGCAGUGCCUCCUCUAGGGUUAAAGUGGCCCAGGUCAGAGUGUCUGGACUUCCGCAAAGCUCCAACGCAGACCCAGUCUAGAAUAGUGGGUGAAUCAGUGUUGUGUUAAGACGCUUUUGCUGUUGAAUCUUUGAUGCUCUUACUGUUAAAUAUAUUGAAACGUCCUGAGAAUGAAACAUGUCAUGGUGGAACGUGAAGUAUUUGACUAGAGACAUUUGACCAGUUGAUGUUUCAGUUGUUUGAACUGUGCUGAUCCUCAUUUCCGCGUACAGAAUUUCAGUGUCGUGGCAGAAAAUCAAAGUGAAACUGUAACAUCAAUUCACCAGUGCUGAUACAUGUCGCUGUUAACUAAGUAGAAAUACAUGAGACGCCAUCUUUGCUCCCACCGCGAGGUGUCAUCAUGAAGAAAAACAUGACUGUGUCUGCUGCUGUGAUGCAUCAUUUGUGCCAAGGUAAAUGACAAUGCUGACAAAUAAAAAUGUUUUUGCAUGGCUCUUGCUUUUAUUUUAAUGUGUGAUAUGCCACUAUGAUUAACAUGCUCUAGACUGUUCCUUCGCCUUUGUUUUUAUGUAAAUAUGUGUUUUUUAUCUCUACAAGCAUAAUUUAAUAAUUUAUUUGUUUUACUUCCAUGUUUUGUAGUUACAUUUGCACAUUCAGUCUCCUUUUGUUUGCAUUAACUGUAGUAUUUAGCCACAUUGUUUAGUUAUUGUGAGUUAUAUAUUUACAGCUUGUGUCUUUUUUUUAUAUUUAUUUUGAUAAGAAGUGUAAUAUAUGUUUUGUAAGAAAAGCAAAAAUAAAAAAGUGACGAAUAAGGCCUGAUUUGUGCUUUAGAAUAAUGUAAAGAAUGAGCUAACAAAGAGAGACUUUUCUCCAGAUUGGU